AUGGCCGCAACCACCGAACCGACUACGAAGACACCAGGGGGUGUCCCGCGAGCCACGCCUGGGCGCGGCUCGCCAGCGCGUGCGCCUACCGCACCCGCAGUCGUCAACGAUGGACCCGCUCGUGAGAGCGGGAAGCGAGACGAUAAGAUCCUCGCCGCGCUCGCCGCACUCACCGAUCGACUGGCGAGCCUCGAGUCGUCGCAGAGAGUGCGAGACGAGGAGGAGUGCAUGCUCGGGGUCGUGGAGAGCGGACUGUUCGCCUCGAAACUCGGCGCCAACAUGCGUGGCCGACCGAUGACGAUAGACACGAUCGGAGACGCGGAGGAGAAGGCACCGGUGCCACGUGGGUACCAGUGCGCGACUGAUCUUGGCGCGUCGCGAUUCGCAUCGCUCGAGCCACCUCGCGCGCGCGCAGCACCGCAGCUGCAGCAGCGCGCACCAGCGUCUGCGCCACCCCCGCAGGAGCAUGCAGCGCUACCUCCGCCGCAACAAUUCGCUCCGCCACAAGCCUAUAUGCGACCGGGCCUCAACGGCUACGGGAUGCCGUCCGCUAGCCAGCAGAAGUUGAACAUACGCAAGUUCGAUGGUACGGAGCUGUACCGCGGACUCGGGAGCGGAUUCUUUGACUGGGGGCGCACGUUUCUGCGCGCGGUGAGCCUCGCGGAAGCGUCGUGUGGUUUCGGAUGGACUGAAGACGUCAAGGUCGACCUGCUUGGGCACUUUCUCGCCGGCACGGCUGAGAGGUACUAUCACAAGCAGGUCGAUACCUGGUGGACGCAAUCACCCACACUGGAGUACAUCAUGGAGCAGCUCCUGCGCACGUUCAAGACGUCAAUCACUGCAACCAGGCGAUGA